CGGCGUUCGUCACCAUCGCCUACCAAUCUGUCUGCUUCUUAAUGUGGCGCCUGAGCGAUUCUUCUUCUUCGCGCACGUGUUUCCUCAACGAUGCAGCGACGCCACGCUCCAAUUCCACCAGACGAGGCUCGACAGCCAUGGACCGCGAGUGCCUGCCUGCCCUUCGGGCAUGAGGAUGAUCUGCGGAACGCGCAGGAGACUAGGGCCCCUUAUAACCGUUUGAAGAGCGCCUCUCUGCGGGACGGCGGGUGAGACCAUUCAACCCUUUCGGUCGCCGACGGUCGGUAGAAGGACAACUCCCCUACGUGACUCACAAGGGCUUUCGGUUCGGUGCGGAUCUCAGGUAGACAAGCGCCAGGGAAAGACCGUAAUGUGAUGAUGUUCUCCGGUAUUGAUGCUCAGAUCUGCAGACGAAGACAAGAAUACAGCCAUUGGGCGUCCCCAGAUGCCUUGAUGCCUCACAGAAGGCUAUCUAUAGG